AUGGGGAAAAAUAGCAACGAGCAACUUGAAGAAGAAGAUGAAAAAGAAGACGACGAAGAAGAUGAAGACGAUGAAGUAGAAGACAAAGACGAUGAAGAAGAAGACGACGACGAAGAAGACAACAAAGAUGAAGAAGAAGACAACAAAGAUGAAGAAGAAGACAACGAAGAAGAAAAAGAUGAAAAAGAAGACGAAGACGAUGAAGUAGAAGACGAAGACGACGAAGAAGACAAAGACGAUGAAGAAGACGACGACGAAGAAGACGAUGAAGAAGAUGAAAAAGAAGACGAAGACGACGACGAAGAAGACGAUGAAGAAGAAGAUGAAAAAGAAGACAACGAAGAAGAAGAAAAAGAUGAAGGCGACGAAGAAGAUGAAGACGAAGACAAAGAUGAUGAAGAAGAAGACGACAAAGAUGAUGAAGAAGAAGACGACAACGAAGAAGACGACAACGAAGAAGAAAACAAAGAAGAAAAAGAUGAAAAAGAAGACGAAGAAGUAGAAGACGAAGAAGACGACAACAAAGAAGACAACGAAGAAGAAGAUGAAGAAGAAAAAGAUGAAAAAGAAGAAGAAGACAACGAAGAAGAAGAAGAAGAUGAAAAAGAAGACGAAGACGAUGAAGUAGAAGACGAAGACGACGAAGAAGACAAAGACGAUGAAGAAGAAGACGAAGAAGACAACAACGAAGAAGAAGAUGAAGAAGAUGAAGAAGAAGGUGACGAAGAAGGCGAAGUUUUCAGUUUUUGGAUUCCUCUUUUUCCGUUUUAAAAUGUUGGAACAUUUAUGGAAGUACUGUUUAAAACCUUAAACAGUUCAUUGCAAUUCAAACAUCAUCUGCAAAUAACACGUAACAGUCACAUCAUGUAAAUGUAGAGGAGGAAAAAGUACAGUUUUUCUCUCUGAGAUGUAUGGUGGAGUAAAAGUAUAGAAAACAGAGAAUGAAAAUACUCAAGUACAAGUAACUAAGUUUAAAGUGAGUAAUCGUAUCUGUGAAGGAAUCUUGUGUUCCAGCCUUCAGCCUCGCUCAGUGAAGGAAGUGGGCGACAGUUAUAAUUAAGGCAACAGUCAGGUCAGCAGGAGGUCAGGCUGCUUGACCUUUGUUAUGAACACACUCCAUCUUUGUCUCCCAGUCGUGGCAGAGGGAGCACAGCUGACCAGAUAAGGUGCCUAGCUGGCUCUGUUGCCAUAGCGCCCAAGGUUAAGAGGAGGGGACACGGCCCUGUGUCUCAGGCUCAACAGACCAGAGUCUCUGUAUAGAUAUGUGGGUUUUGUUAGAGACAGUGGAGGUGAUUCAGAGCCAGGUGAGCAGGCUGGUUGGUUAAAGUCAGUGACCAAUAGAAACGUCACACAGCCAGAGAUCAGGACAGAAUUUGGGAACGUGGAGUGACUCACAAGGGAACACUGUUUGGGUUAAAGACAAGGACACAUGGGCGAGGACACCCUCAGAGUCUGUGGACACUGUGUUACGCUCUGUGUGUUCAAAUGUGAUUCGCCUCAAACGAGCCUUCGUUAAAUACUGUGUGAGAUCCAUCAUAGUCUUCCUCAGCUGUUAAAUCAUCAGCUCUGAUUUCUUCAACAGUACUGAGUUGGGGUCUGUCCCAAUACCCCCCCUUAGCCCUACGCCUACAUUUGCUUGUUCCUGCGAGGGGUAGUGGUGUCCCAAUUCCUUUUUGCGUGUAGGGGUAGGGGGCAUAAAACUAGCCCUUCGGAGCGAGGGAUUUCAGAUGCUGACUUGCCAGCAAGGGGUAAUCGUUGCCAUGGCUACCACCGAGCAAGAGACGGGAAAAAAGUUCAUACAUGUAAGUAUAAUUUCGCAAAUAAACAUGGAACUUU